AUGAAGUGGCUUCUUGCUCUCGUCCCCCUCGCUACUGCUGCUCCAGCUCUGUCUGCGAUUGGUGAAGCCCCUGACCCAGGACAGGUCAAAAUCACCAAGGUCGGCACCGGCGGUACUGGAUGUCCUCAGGGUACCGUCAGUACUGUCAUCUCGGAUGACCAAAGUGUCGUGACCCUGGUCUAUGACUCCUACGUUGCAUCCAUCGGUCCUAAUAUCGCCAUCACCGAGCAGCGUAAGAACUGCCAGCUCACCCUUGAGCUCGAUUAUCCCGGAGGCUUCCAGUACUCUAUUCUGAGCGCCGACUACCGCGGCUAUGCGAACAUCGAGAAAGGUAUCACCGGCACUUUGAAGUCAACCUACUACUUUGCAGGCAAGGCUCCUCAGACCAGUACGGAAUACACCUUCACCGGACCGGUGACUGGCGACUAUCUCAAGCACGAUGAGGCUGAUAGCACCUCCGUGGUGAUGUCGCCCUGUGGUAGCAAGGGCAACCUACUGAACAUCAAUUCCCAAGUCCGCCUGACCUCUACCAACGCCAAGGCUACUGGUCUGCUCACCACCGACUCCACCGACCUGAAGUUCAAGCAAGUCGUUUAUGUGCAGUGGAAGAAGUGCACUGGCAGUGGUUAG